UCUAAGCAGAGGCCUUACUUCCAUCGUUCCACCACCUGGUUCUCGUUUUUCUUCCUCAUUUUAAAACCCUAUCCCCCACUUCACCCUCUCUCUCUCUCUCUCUCUCUCUCUCUCUCAAACCCACAUUUAUUUUUUUUAUCAUCACCCGAAUAUCUUGUAUCUCCAAACAGCUCUUUGCUUGCUUUGUUCUUUUCAAAUCGAAUCUAUUCCAUUAGUUUUCUCGAGCACCCAGUUGUCAAAAAUGGAUUUUUUGAAUACCCAUUUGCCUAAAAUCGAAUCUUUUCCUUCUUCAUCACUCUCGAAUCUCUCAAAACCUUGAAAAAAAAAUGGAUUCGUCUGCGUUUUAAACCCUAGACAGAGGCCUUUUCACGAGAUUCUGAUUAAUGGGUAGAAGAGAUUUGCAAGUUUUGGAGGUCAAAAAAGAUGGGUUUUUCUCAAGUUCUGGAUUGGGGCUUCAAUGGAGUCUCCCAGAGGGUUCUUUCCACCCAGGAGGCUUAUUUGCUAGUGUUGGACAAGUGGGUAAUAUGGGUUUUGGCAUUUCACCUAAUUCACCAAAUUCUCGAGACAACAAUGGUGGAUUCAAGGUACCUUACACAGAUUUAUAUGUCAAAUAUGUAUCUUCCCCAGAGGGUUUUCGAAUUGUUGGUGUUCCAGAAUUGAUAGAUGAGGAAGGGAAUUUGAAGAAGAAGAAGGGUCGGACUAAAUUUAAAAUCAAGAUUGCAAAUCCUUCAUUGAGGAGGUUGAUAAGCGGGGCGGUUGCUGGGGCGGUGUCGAGGACCGCUGUUGCGCCGUUGGAGACAAUUAGGACACAUUUGAUGGUUGGGAGUAGUGGCAAUACGACUACUGAAGUGUUCCAUAAUAUUAUGAAAACUGAUGGAUGGAAAGGAUUGUUUAGAGGCAAUCUUGUUAAUGUGAUUCGGGUUGCACCAAGCAAAGCUAUAGAGUUAUUUGUUUACGAUACAGUCAACAAGACCUUGUCGCCGAAACCUGGGGAGCAGCCCAAACUCCCUAUCCCUGCCUCACUGGUUGCAGGAGCCUGUGCCGGAGUUAGCUCCACUCUAGUUACAUAUCCACUCGAGUUGGUCAAGACUCGGCUAACCAUACAGAGAGAUGUUUAUGAUGGUCUAUUUGAUGCGUUUAUAAAAAUAUUGCAAGAGGGGGGACCAGGAGAACUCUACAGAGGUCUCACCCCUAGUCUUAUUGGGGUAAUCCCAUACGCUGCCACCAAUUACUUUGCUUACGACACCUUACGGAAAGCGUACCGGAAAAUUUUCAAGGAAGAGAAAAUCGGAAACAUAGAAACACUUCUGAUCGGAUCCGCUGCUGGUGCUAUUUCAAGCAGUGCAACUUUCCCGCUUGAAGUGGCUCGGAAACAAAUGCAAGUUGGAGCUGUUAGUGGGAGACAAGUGUACAAGAACGUGCUUCAUGCUCUCGCUAGCAUACUUGAACAAGAAGGAAUUCAGGGUUUGUAUAAAGGGCUUGGUCCCAGUUGCGUGAAGUUGGUGCCUGCGGCGGGGAUUUCAUUUAUGUGCUAUGAAGCUUGCAAGAGGAUAUUGGUAGAGAACGAGGAAGAUGCAUAGAAGAGAUAUUUCAAAAGAAUAAAUGAAUUUGAGCAUAGUUGAAAGUGCUGUGAAUCAACCAGGGUUAGUGUACACCGGUUAAGGAAGUUCUAUGAAUUUGAGAAACUGGAGCAAAGGAUCUUCCACUAGUUCAGAAGUCAGAGAUGAGAUAUUGGAGGAAACUAAACAGUGUGUGCAAGUGGUUUUUAGCAACGAUCUGUUUAGCAUCCUCCAAUUCUCACAUGACUCUUAACACAACUCAAGCACUGUGACUCUUGGACCAGUUGAGAAGUCGGAGAUAAGAUAUUGGAGGAAACUAAACAAUGUGCACAAGUGGAUUUUUAGCAACAAUCUGUUUAGUUCCCUCCAAUUCUCACAUACGACUCUUAGCAACACAACAAAUCUUUGACCAGUUGAGAAGUUGGAUAUGAGAUAUUGGAGAAAACUAAACAAUGUAUGCAAAUGGUUUUAGCAACAAUUUGUUUAGCACCCUCCAAUUCUCACAUACGAUUCUUAACAACUCCUUCAGAGAGAGGAGAGAGAAAUGUUGGGGGACUUCUGUAUGCAAUUGAGGCUUCAAUAGCGGCCAACUAUAUAUAAGGCUUAGAUCGUUCACUAAGAGAGAUUACACAUUUCAAAUUCAGAGGAAAGCACAAAUUGAAUGA